GCUGUACACUUGCACCUACCAAAAACCCAGCCCACCCCCAAAGCCCUUCACAUUUAGGAUAGACUCUGAGCUUGGUGUGUUUGCCAGAAAAUUUCCCUCACCUCGUCACUGUGUGGAAGUGUCUCAGCCGUAGCUGGAGGAGAGAAAAAAAUCAAACGGGGUUGUCCCUUUUUUUUGACAAUUUCGACACAUUAGUGUUAGAAAUGAAGCAGAAUUGAUUGGCUUUUAUUGUAAUGACCGAGGCAUGGAUUAUAGUUUUUUAGCAGUUUACUAAAGUGAGCGAGACUAGUCCACGGCAAUUGAAAGUACUCAAAUUGGGCUAACGCACAGAAGGAGGAACCUGCUCUGAGUUGUGGAAGCUGAAGACUGGCUGUGCGUUAACUCUUCUCUCACUGAUACACCACUUUGACACCAUGGAGGAUAUUGCCCGUUAUUUCGAGGCCAAGAUGCGGGUGCGUGCAGACAGCGUGGCCAGUACAAACACGCAGUCCAGUGGCAGUCAUAUGCACCUGCGCAAUCGUGUUGCCCAGCUCAUGACAUGCGUGGAUGACCUGGAGGCCGAUAGCAAGCUGCAAGCUGAGAUGAGGAAGACGUUAGAGGGGGCUUUGCUUGUCUGUGGAAAGAGGGCAUCCAAACCGAAGAAAGAUCAGUUCAGGCUGCAUAUGGUCACAUGGAAUGUGGGGACAGCAGAGCCACCAGAAGACGUCAGCUCACUGCUCAAACUGCAUUCCCCAAAGACUCCAGACCUUUAUGUGAUUGGACUCCAGGAGGUGAGAGCUGCCCCUCUGAAGUUUGUGGCCGACCUGGCCUUUGAUGACUCAUGGAGCCAUCUCUUUAUGAACACCCUGGCCCCUCUGGGCUAUGUAAAGGUGUCCUCCAUUAGAAUGCAGGGCCUCCUUCUACUGUUCUUCUGCCGCCUGGAACAUGUCCCUUUUAUCCGAAACAUCCAGGUCUCCUACACUCGUACGGGCAUGUUUGGUUACUGGGGAAACAAGGGAGGUGUCUCCAUGCGUCUGUCCUUCUACGGCCACAUGCUGUGCUUCCUGAACUGCCACCUGGCCGCCCACAUGAACUAUGCCUCGCAGCGUGUGGACGAGUUUGAAUACAUCUUGGAUAAUCAGACCUUUAACUCAAAGGACACCCCGAAUAUCCGCGACCACAAAGUGGUCUUUUGGUUCGGGGAUUUGAAUUUCCGAAUAGCCGACCAUGGUAUGCAUUUUUUACGCACCUGCAUCAACAGCCAGCGCUUUAACCUCCUGUGGUCCAAGGACCAGCUUACGAUGAUGAAACGGCAGGCAGCUAGCCUUCAGGAGUUUGAAGAGGGGCCGCUCGACUUUCAGCCGACUUAUAAAUUUGACCUGCACUCUGAUAACUAUGACUCCAGACUACAGAGAACAUGGUUGGGUUUUAAUGGCAAGAAGAGAAAGCCAGCAUGGACUGACAGGAUCCUUUGGCGGUUAAAGUCAGAUGAUUCUUCCACCCAGGAUGAGGGAAAAGACGAUGAGGCGGGAGGCUCAGAGAAGGCCCAGCAGCAGGCCUCGGCACCAGGGGAAGAAGACGAGAAUUAUCCCCUGAAGGUGAAACAGGACCUCUAUACAUCCAGCAUGGAGUAUGGCGUCAGCGAUCACAAGCCUGUCGUUGGUAUCUUCCAACUAGAGUUGAGGAAGGUGCACAACACCCCGCUCGUCCAUGUGAGUGCUGAGGGAGAUUGGAGUGCGGACUUCGAUGCUAUGGCAACCUACACCAUCUUGCAGCCUUUCCCCUCCAGUGCCUGGGACUGGAUUGGCCUUUAUAAGGUUGGUUUCAAGAGCACAAUGGACUACAUUACCUACACCUGGGUGAAGGAUGACCAGGUUUCUCUUAAUGAUGAGCGUGUACAGGUGUAUGUGAGCAAAGAUGAGAUUCCGGUCCUUGGCGGUGAAUGCAUACUCUGCUACUUCAGCAGCCAUUUGCAGUGCAUUGUGGGAAUCAGUGAACCAUUUAAGGUGCAGGAGUCCAGAGUAGCUAUAGAAGAGGGUUUGGUGCCUGAGAAUGUCAAUGAAUUGGACCAAGCAGUAUCCAGUUGAACGAGACGAUCCCAUGGAAACCCACAUGUUCUUUCAGAGUCAUCACUGUGGUGUGUCCUCGGGCUGGGCAACCCAGCAAUUACUGGGAACAAGUGCAUUUUAAAGAAAAUUAGUUUUUUAUCAACAAUGCUAACAUGUUGUAUUUCAGUUACACAAAUGGUUACAAUAAGUAGUUUGAGAUAGCACGUACAGUUUGCCUUAACAUUCUUGACUCUUUGAUAGAAAUGUUUGUGUAGGAUUAUUUUUGAAGAUUCAGUAGGAGUUAUAAGUUGAAAUCUUUUCCAUCAGCGGUUGCCUGUAGGAUUAUAUGGUUAAACAGUUAUUUUUGAGAUUGUAAGUGUCGUUAAUUGAAUAUAAUGGAAGUACUGUAUAACUGAUAUUCUAUAUGCUCAGAUAAUGUAUCUUUCUUGAUCUGUUGCUUAAGCGCAAUUUCGUAGUCCUUUUGUCAUUUCAAUUUCAAUGUAUAAUUUGGUCUUGUUUCAGCAGGUCAAUUUUACAAACGUUUAAAUGUGCUAUUGAAAAAAUGUAAAUAUACAGAUAUAUAUUUUAGUCAUUGCUUAUGGCAACGAUGGUUGUUUUUCGAAAAUAUUUUAAAUGAUAUAUUUAUUUGUUUAUGGUCCGAGUUAACUGGUGUCUGGAACACAUAAACUGUUAAAUGAGUUAUCUUAAAAAGUGAAAUACGGUAAGUAGUUUUGUUGUCAAGAGGUUUAAAAACAUAUAGAUUUACAGUGGGUUCAUAUAUAAAAAUGGUUUCCAAAUAGUGCAUUUCCUAUGCCUCUCCCCUGUCUCAUUCAGUGUAAACAAAUUACAACCGUAUUAAAAAUACAUUAAAUAUACAACGCAACAGACGUGAGAUUGAAUGCUUUGACAACAAAUCCUACUUAGCAGUACACUUUUUAAACAAGUAGGCCUAACAUGUGCCUGGCGCUUGUUAAUUAAUCAGAUUUAUUAAAUAUGCAUACACGAGUGUUGGAAAUGAUGUCACUACGGGACUGCUGUAAUACUCAUUUUCAUCACAAUUUCAGCAACGGAAGCUCUUAUUUCUGUCAAUAUGGAAGUACAUAGACCUAAAUAAAAAGUGUUUUUCAUCUUUGUCAUAUCUUUGGCUUUAUCAUCUGCAGCUGCAUCUUUCAUAGCAACAAUUCGCCUUUAAUUAUGUUCGAAAAUAAACCAUUUGAAUGCA